UGGGGCUGCAGCUGAUUCUAAUCCCGAUUCUGUGACUCCACCUCUGGCCAGGAGUCACCAGCACCUCCCAGCUGGGUCCCAGCUGCUCUCCAGCCAGCCCCAUUCCCUACUCCCAGUGGGCCUUGUCCAGCCAGACCUUCAGCUUGGAGCUGCUCCUGCCUGGACUCUUCCCACCCAAACCAUUCUGUGAUUCCACAGACACUGUCUCCAGAAGGAGCUGGGAGGGACGGGAUCCAAACUCUUCCCAACAGCCUGAAAACCAGCAUCCACCACCUUCCACAGUCUCCAGUACAUGUGGUCUUAUCCCACACAUCAAAGUCAGACUCAACCCAUGGUGACGGUGCCAUCCUCAAGGUCCUUCUGUGACCACACAGAUAAGCUGGCACCAUGUGGCAGUGCCACAGCUGGUGUAGGAUAUCAGGUGCUCCACUGGAGAGGACAUUUCUGCCCUGUGCUGCAUGGGAUGUCCUGGGUACCCAGUGUGCCCCUCUUCCCCCUGCUAAAUCCCAUCCUGAUGCAGUUCCCCAUCACCAGCACGCUCCACGGAAAACACGCUGCUGUGCCUCAGUGGUUUGGUUGUUGGCUUUUACUAGGAUUCACAGGGUUCAUUUUCCUCGCAGCGUGUGACACAGCCCUAGGCUUGGAUCAGGAUGGGAAUGCUGUGGAUAACACAGACAUGUUUUGGUGGUUACUGAGAAGAGCUUUUCCUCCUCUAGCCCCUUGCAGUGUCCCAUGGGCCAAUCCAUGUCCCCAGCUCUGUCAGCCAGCAGGACUCGUGCCACCACCCCUUGGCUCCCAGUGCGGCCACCAUGGGACACGGAUGAAGCCAUGAGCGUCCUGCUCCCCUCGCUCGUCCUGCUGGUGGCCAGCACGGCCGUCCUGCUGGCCACCCGCGUUUGGAAGGCGCGGAAGCGCCUCGGGAGCAGGGCAGGGGGGUCGCGGUGCCGCCAGGCGGCCCCGGGGGCUCCCGGUUCCCCCCGGGCUGGGGAGAGCCCUCCCUGCAGCGCGGAGAGCCGCCUGUACAUCCCCUGCAGCUGCGGCCCCUGCUGCACCCCCUGCGCCACCGCGGCCCGGGAGCUGCAGGACCUGGUGGCGCCGCUGUGGCCCGAGGUGUCCUUCCCGCGGGACUCGGAGAUGUGGCAGCUGUCGUGGGAGGACCUGGAGCAGCUGCUGGAGCGAGGCCACCUGCCCUGCUGCGCCUCCUCCAGCUCCUCCAGCUCCUCCGAGAGCCUCCAGCUCUCCACGAGCCCAACAAGGCCCCUGAUCUGUCGGAAAACAUCUGCCGCUGGAAAAGGCUCAGUCCUCCGCAGAACCCGACGCUGCCUGAGAUCCUCCCCCCUUCCAAGAAUGUCCAUCCCGCGGAAAGGCUCCUCCAUUCCCAUCCAGGCCCUCUGCGACCUGUGUUGUGCUCCAACUGGAACCUGGCCUGUUCCUGCCAAGAAGCAAGAGGAAGUGUCCUGGAGCCGCCGGUGCCCAAUCCACGGCUCCCAGGAUCCCGCGGCGGAGCCGUCUGGGCAGACUCUCCGCGCGCUGCUGGACAAGAGGCUCCAGCGGCAAAGGCAGCUGUUCCCAAGUCAGGGAUGCUCCCUGGAGUUGACGGUGAAGGACAAGGAUAAGGAAGAUCUCCCCCCUUGGGAUAUUUAUAGCAAAGGCCUCCAUCCCUGCCAGAGCCUCCAUGAGAUCUGCUGGACUCCAGAUGGAGAAGCCCACACGGACAGGUCUCCCUGCUGCCUCGGAGCCGUGGCUAUCCACAAAACCCAGCAGAGACCCAAAGCCAGGGAAAGCCUGGAAAUACAACUGGGAGCUCAAGCCGCUCCAGCAAAGCAUUCCCAGCAGCAAGUGUCCCUGAGCCGCCGGUGCCCAAUGCACGGCUCCCAGCGUGCAGCAGUGCCACAGGAGAAAACCCUCUGGGCAGCGCUGGACAAGAGGCUGCAGCGGCAACUGGAACACCAGGGAGCUCUCAGGAGAUGGCUGUCACGGAUCCAGGAUGCAACUCGUGGCAGCAGCUGGCACACUCCGUAGCAUUCUUUGCGCUGGAUAAAUGCAGGGUUUCCCCAAAAGCUGUCUGGGAGUUCCCACUGUUCUGCUUUCCACUGGGACAGGGUUCCUUUCUUCCCAGGAGCUGGCUUGGAUUCAGGAUGGGAAUGUUAUGGGUAACACAGGGGUCAUGGUCCAGCCAGCUGGAAAAGCAGGAUGAAGCAGCUGGAAAUUCAUUUAAUUAGAACUAAGAGGUGGAAAAGGUGGAAAAGUAUCCCGGUCUUCCCACGGGGAGACUGCCCACACCUGAGAGGCCCAAAUCCCCUGUGCCCUCUCUGACUGGCUCUGCUGGGUCUCUGGCUUCCCACAGCACUUGCUCCAAGGAUAAAGAGUGGAACUGGAAUUCCUUCAUAAUAAUGUCAGUGUCAGAGGUAGUGGGAAUCUUUGUUUGGAAUGAGAAAUGGAGGGAAAAUGGAGUGAAAUACCACGAAGCACCAGGCAGGGAGAGGGUGGUGGAAAAGCAGCUUUUAGAAUUGGUAAAUUUCCCAGACUUAUUUCCUGAUAUUAUUAUUUUAAAAUAUUUUUUUAUCCCUCCACCACAAAACCAUUCCUGUACCUGUGAAGGUAUCUGGAGAUAAAAGAGGAACACUUACUUUAAAAACUUCUGGGGAAAAAACAAUUAUGGAUUGAAACAUCCAAGAGAAUCCACAGCAAGGAAACAUAAAUCCCAGUUUUAGCAAGAUUAAUGCAUAAUAAAUAUUAAAGACUCACUUCCCCACAAAACAAGCCAGCUUCUUAUUCUCCAAACUGGCAAAGAGCAGACUCACGCAUUUUGAUGUCUGUGAAGCAUCCAGAGAGCUCAAAACU